GUGGGUUGGGAUGGAUAUUAAGUUAGUAGCAGCAGCAAGACAAAUCCUGAUAUUACCUGACCUCCUUUCUUAGCGGAAAGUCGGGCCACCAACUAAUCGACAAGUUGUACAUUAAGACCCCAAAUUUGGCUUUAGAUCAUGUACUUGUGGUUAUGGUUAGAAGCAAUAAGAACUGUUAUAAUACAAUUAGUUUGUGCAUUCAUAACAAACACUUGAAUACCAUGCACUAAUGCAGGUAUAUACCAGUUAAUCACAUGCAUCUGUUCAAUACUAGAUUAUUGCACCAUUUGUGACAAGCUAGCAUCUAAGUAGAUCUACAUUGUAUACAUAGAUCUUAAAUGACGAGUUCUAUAAAGCUAUUCCUGGCCUUAGCUGCAUCAGUGGCUGCUAUUACAGGUUGUGUUUUUUAUAAGCUUGAUAAGACCACAUUCGUAUUAAAGAAACGAGACAACAGUAUAGAUCAUGUUUAUCUUCACUCAAAUCUCACAACUGCAAUAACUCCUAAUGUCCAACCUCUCGUAAAAGUAUCACUUGAGGAGAGCAUUUCUGAAGACAUGAAGAGAUGCAGUUUAGCAAUGGGAGUGUCACCAAAUGUACUGGAGCAAAAUAAAUACAACAUAGCCAGUAUCGCUAAAAAGGCUGCUUUUUUCUUGGAAACAUUUUGGGAGAUUGUACCAAAAGACUACCUCUCCAACUACAAGAACCCGUGUUGGUACUCGAAUGUUACAAUAAGUACAAACGUUUCAAAGUUUCUAAGGGAAAAGUUACCAGCUUACAAAAACAAAAGCAAAAGUGAUAUUAUUCCUCAAUCUGAUAUACCAUGGCUACUUAAGGAGCUCUUUGAGACUCCAACACAAGGAAAUCAAACACUCCAGUGUCUACCUUAUUUUUUAUUGCCCGGUAUACCAAAGAGUGGAACGACAACCCUUCAUUCAACACUGUCCCAGCAUCCUCAGAUCAUAAAGCCGGACAUCAAAGAGCCUCAAUGGUGGUACAAGCUACCAGUUUCCCCACCGGCUAGCAAGAAGUAUAUGCAUGUCAUUGCUGCAAGAUAUCUAUCAAAUUUCCUGUAUCCAUCCUCAGAGAUUAGUGGGAGAAAAGAUGGUGGUUCUCUCGUAACGUACGAUGCUUCACAGGCAAUGAUGGUCAAUCUCCACGAUUCAGGCUUUCAUAUUAAUCACGAGGACUAUUGUGCUUUUCCAGCGGUGAUAUCCAGAGUACUACCCCAAGCAAAGAUUAUCGUACUAAUGCGAGAUCCUGUUCCUAGAGCAUAUUCACAUCAUCUUUUCAUGAAUCGUGAGUGGCCUAUUGAUAAAAAACAGGAUCCUGCACUUUAUUUUGAAAAACACAUUCAAAAAGCUGUAAACGAGUUUCAACAAUGCGUUAGGAACAACUCAAUCUAUGAGUGUGUCAAUAAAGUUCGGACUGACUUUAAACAAUUAAGUAUGUGGCUGGGCAGUGGAGUUUACCACAUACACAUUCAGAAGUGGAUGCAAUUUUGGCCAAAAGAACAAUUUAUUUUGCUAAAAACUGAAAAAAUGGCACUGAAACCUGUUUCUACACUAAAGAAGAUCACAAACUUUCUUUCGCUGGAUCCAUUUCCAGAAAAGACAGCUGUCAAUGCAACGAAAGAAAGAAAGAGAGUUAAUAACCACAAACGUGAAAUGUUACCUUCGACAAAAAAGCUGCUUCAAUCAUUUUACCAACCUUUCAACAAAAAACUAGAGAAACUGUUUGGAAUAAAUUGGAAGUACGACCACUGAUCAUGAACAUUCUGCAUAUCGUUGCAAUGCAUAUCUAUCUAGUCAAAACAAACAGUGCAUGCAUGGCUAUAUCAUAUAUAAUGUUGUGAUCACAUGCAUGCGUAAGUUACACAUCGUUUUGUUUACCACAAAAUAAUAGCUGGUGGCUCAUGGCUAUGCAUCUCUCCUCCACAGCUGGUUCCAUGUCUGUCUGGCUCAUUACCAUGGUAUUAUCGUGUUGUGCAAA